GCGAGUUUCGAUCUGUCUCGAGGCCUAUAUCGCGCAACUUUAUAAUUAUUAUACUACAUACUCAGCUGUGUGCUUCGUUAUUGCGUGUGCGUCUCCUGCGAUCGAUCUGUCGUUGUUGUGAAUGUAUAUAAACAGUGCGCGGACCGCGACGUGCGUGUUGAUUUUUUCGAAAGCGCCGAUCCGAGAUCUUUCGACGCAAAUGAUUCGUUCGAGUGAUCAUAAAGAGUGAGAUGAAUUUAUCAGUGGCAGGAUUGUGAACGAUAUUGAUACAUUCUCGAUUGACUGCUCUUUCCUCGCGACCAUUGUUAUCGUCGACAUGAUCGAUGAACUGUCAUCGAUCUCACGAAAGUGACUUUCAAUCGUCAUAAUUGCCGUGCACUCGUCGAAGCAUACAAGAAUGAAAUAGUCACGAAGAUAUCGACCGAUAAAAACUAGACAUAAGCCGAAGCCAUACAUCGAUUAGAAAAAUAGCCAAAAAGAAUAAAAAGCACCCGAUAGCGAAUCGAGACGAAGCGAGGGGUGCGUCCCCGCUUAUGGAUAUAUUCAGCCGGUGCAACGGCGCUGGCCUUGUCGGUGGUGUAGCUGCUGCGGUGCCGUCGCAUCACAAUCACCAUCACCAUCAUCAUCAUCAUCAUCACAACAAUCACCUCAAUCCUCACCAUCACAGCAGCCAUCAUCUGAAUCAUCACAGUCAUCAUCAAGCUCAACCUCACCAGGCCCUCAACCAUCAACAGCAGCAGCAGCAUCAGCAGCAUCAGCAUCAAAGCAACCACAUAAGCAGCAACGUCGUCGCCUCGAGCCAGCCCGCGCAUCCACCGUCGCGCUCGUCGUCGUCUGCAGCAGCGAACAGCGUCGGCAGCAACCUGGCAGUCGGCGAGCACUCGUCGGUGACCGCUGGCAGGUCGACCAGCGGCACCAAUAACAACAACAAUAAUAACAACAAUAACAACAACAACAACACGAGCAGUGUCACGAAGAACCAAGUGGUGGCCGACUCGUCGUCCGCCAAGAUGCAGCUGACCGGAGCGUCGGCGCCGGGUAGCGCAGCGUCGCCCGAGAGCGGCGUCUCCCCACUGGCCGACGCUUACACGAAAAUGACCAGCGACAUUUUCGCGGAGAAGACGCUGGGCGACUACAUGAGCGAGCAUCCGGGCGAGCUCGUCAAAACGGGCUCGCCUCAUCUGGUGUGCACGGUCCUGCCGACGCACUGGAGAUCGAACAAAACGUUGCCCAUGGCCUUCAAGGUGGUGGCGCUGGGCGAGGUCGGCGACGGCACUCUGGUCACGGUGCGAGCGGGCAACGACGAGAACUGCUGCGCCGAGCUGAGAAAUUCCACGGCGUUGAUGAAGAAUCAGGUGGCCAAAUUCAACGAUCUGAGGUUCGUCGGCAGAAGCGGUCGAGGUAAGAGCUUUACGUUAACGAUAACGGUGUCUACCUCGCCACCGCAGGUCGCCACGUACGCCAAAGCCAUCAAGGUGACGGUUGACGGGCCGCGCGAGCCCCGAUCCAAGACCAGUGAGUAUCACUUGCUGCCUUUUUUAGGGCAGCAGCAGCCUUUCCACGCGUUCGCCUUUGCCUCGCAGCGAGGCGGGCCGUUCUUCGCCUCGCCGCUGGUCGAUCCGCUCCAGCCGCUGCCGAGUCCGCUGCAGUCGCUGCCGAAUCCGCUCCAGCCGAGGGAUCCGUUGUCGUCCUUUCGCCACGCCAUGCCUGGCAACUGUCAAAACAUGUCUCAAUUCGGCCUGCCGGCGAGUAACUCCUGGAGCUACGGCAGCACGGCCGGCUACGCGGGCUACCUGCCGGGGCCGCUGUCCUCGUGCGCGGCCCAGACGCCGUUCGCGCCACCCGCGCCACCGCCGCCGCCCUCGGCCGCGCCGUCCGCCUCCUCGACGACCGCCGUGGUGGGCGCGUCGUCCAGCGGCGGCAACUCGGUCAGCAUCGUGCCCACGGCGCCCGACUCCACGGCCGGUGGCAACAACCCCAACAGCAACGCCAACAACGCCAACAACAAUAACAGCGUGGCCAACCAGGCGCCCGAUGCUUUCUCCGCGGUCUCGUCCAUUCCAGACACAACGACGCCAGGCGGCAACCAGGCGGACCCGCUCGAUCACCUGUCGAGCCUGAUGUCGAGCGGCGGCGGCGGCUCGACGCAGAGGUACCAGGGCUACGUCUCGCCGCGCUCCCUGUCCACGGACUCGAGCACGACCGGCGAGUCGCCGGUGCACGAGGGCGUCCAGGACCAGGCGUUCGUCGGCCAGAACUGCUCCUCCGCGGGUGGCGGUGCCGGUGGCGGUGGAGGCGGCGGCGGCGGCAAUUACUUCCCCGCGCCCAGCGUCUUCCCGACGAUACUCUACUCGCAGCUCUACAACAAUCAGUUUCAAACGGGCACCGACAGUCCCGAUCAGCAGCAACAGCAACAGCAACAGCAGCAGCAGCAUCAUCAACGGGGCCUGACCGACGUAACGGGCUGCAGCGUCGUGCGCGUACCCGACGAGGUAAUACGGCCCGACAACAACGUCUGGCGGCCCUACUGAGGCAGUGGUCACGCGACUCGUCAGCAGCAGCAAGACGUCGUUACUCGGCAAGUCGACGCAGCAGCAGCAGCAGCGGUGCUGGCCAACAACAAGCCCGAGUAUCAUCAUCAGCCUCUGGUCGCUGAACAGCUCCAGGACGAGGUCGCUGAUCCGGCUUACUGGCUGUGCUGAACGAGCCGCGCGCGUGAUUCAGGUUUUUUUUUCCCCUCCCCACCCACUUCUUCCAGGAUGAAUCGCUUUUCCUUUUCUUUUUUCUUUUUUGUUUCGAGAGAUCGGCAGCUGUACGAUAAUUUUUAUUCGGUGCUCGAUUCGAAAAUGUCAUCGCAAAAGACGAGUGUGCUUUGUGCGUCGAUACAUCGGUGAGUGAUAUUAAUGAAAUAAUAUAUACUUUACAAAACGUAAACCAUGAAACAUUCAAUGAAAGUAGAACAAUUGAAACUCGUGUAAAUAAGUGUACAUAUGCAUAAUAGUUAUUAUAUCAAUGUAUAGUAAUCACGAUAACUAACAUAUUAUAUAUACAUUUAUCGAACCAAAUAUUUCUCUAUAAGCUGCGAGACGUCAGUUGGUCGAUUGAGAAGAGACAUUCGAUUCGAGACGAAAUGACAAAUUCCCAUUUGCACGAAGAGAGUAUGUUUUUUCUUCUGCAAUCGGUCAACGGAUUUAUCUCAGCAUAUCGUGAUAAAUAAAUUAAUCAUUAUAAAUUAUUUGAUGGCGAUCGAGUGGCAAAAAUGAUUUCGAAAAAUUCUAUAUCAUUGCAUUUUGGAUUAUAGUCAACACCUAGAAAAUAUAGCAAUGCAAGAAAAAUACUACAACUUUUGUCAGAAACUCUUUUCCAGAGGGCAUGAUUUGUAAGAAAAUGAAAAGAUAAAUAUCUAAAGUAAAAAAUUCUCAUUAUGUUUUCAUAGUAUGUAUAUGGUACGAAUGCUUCCAAGUGUAGCUUAAUAAUAUUAUUAAAUACAUCGAGCUGUUAUGGGAAUUGUGCAAUAAGAGUAAAAUGUGGCGUUACGAGUAAAAUCAAAAAAACAAAAAUCUGCGUGGUCGUAAAUAGAAAAAAAAAUUUAACAUAGUCACUCAUAGCGAUAAUAGAUGUGUUGUAUAGUAAAAGCAAAAAAAUUGAUUUAGAUAUUUCUGACGAGAAACCUAACGAGAAGAGCCUAAAAAUCAACGAAAUACAUUUUUUUUCGCGAUAUUAAGUAACUAUUGUCUUGGUAACGACGAAAUAGAAAUAUCGUUGCCCAGAUGUAUACAUUGUUCCUCGCUGACCCAUAGAAAUUUAAUCCAUUGUGUAAAAGAGAAAAAAAAAUUAUUGAAAUAUAAGAAUCUGGGCAACCUACAGUUGAUUUCAA